AUGCCUACCACCACUUCCUCCUCCUCCGAUAACCGUCAAGCCGAUGUGUUCACUCGUCUCUCUUCCUCUGACCCUGAAAUCAAGCUUAAGGCCCUUCGCGAGGUCAAAAACCAGAUUAUCGGAAAUCACGAUUCCGAUGAAUGCAACAACAUCCUCGUUCAAUUUGCGGCGGCGCUCGGUAGUUUCGCUUGUGGGUUUGAAGCCGGAGUUCAAGCUGUUGUCGACGCCGGAGUUUUCCUUCAUCUGCUUCGUCUUCUCACUAAUCCUGACGAAAAGAUAGUAGAUGCAGGUGCUCAUUCCCUUAGAAUGAUAUUUCAAUCUAAUGUAGCUCCAAAGUAUGACUUCCUCCAAGAGAAGAACAUGGAGUUUCUCUUCUCGUUGUUGAAUAGCGAGAAUGAGAAUUUUAGUGGUCUUGCUGCGAGCAUUAUCGCUCAUGCUUGUGGAACAAGUGUAGAUCAACGGCUUCUCAGAGUUUUGGAGAAGCUUGUGAACCUUCUUGAUGGUUCUCCAAGCCAGAGAGAAGCUUGUCUUGAAUCUCUAGCCACUGUUCUGAAGAAUAAUCCUGAAGCUGCUUAUCUGGAAGGCCAUUACUCAAAGUCGGUUUUUUAUUGCAGCCAUAAAAACCAAAAGUUUGUCGAACUAUAG